AGGGAACAUGUCCUUGACGAUAUAGAGCCAUUCAUGUGUACUUUCGGUGGCUGCUCCCAGAGCUAUCGAACUUAUAGCUCUCGAGACGAUUGGCAGCAUCAUGAAGACUCAGUACAUCGCAUCACUGCCGUGUGGGUUUGCCACGAUUGUAACGAGACGCUCUCAUCGGCUGAUUCUUUCCAAACCCACCUCAGAUCUACACAUCAAAGCUUGUUUCCGGAGAAGCAUCUGCUGGCCAUAACCAAGAUGUGUAGGACCGUUCGCGCGGAUGAGGGGCCGAGGCAGCACUGCAUCCUCUGUGGCGCGAACUUGACGACUAAACAAGACGAGUACGACCACCUUGCGACUCAUCUAAUUGACUUGGCACUCCUCGUGUUCCCAGGAGCUGACCAGCCAGCCAACGACCUGGAUGAUUCUAUCAGCGAAGUCUUUGAACAACCACGUACCAUCGAAGGCCUAGAAUGGUUCAGAGAAUUUAGUAACGAUGAUGUCAUCCCGUUCGAGUAUGUCAGAAAUCUAGGUCAUGGUGCAUUUGCUCAAGUAGAGGCAAGGAGAUGCACUAUCGGGCCUACAGCCGGGACUAUAUAUGCUUGCAAAACCUUCUUGAUUGCCCAGCGAAACCGUGGGGCGAUGAAGCAGCAGAUCCAAGCGGAAGUAACGAUCCUUCGCCGUCUGCAACACGUCCAUAUAAUCUCCAUUGUAGGCGCUUACGUUCAGCGGAGACGCAUUGUUCUUAUUCAAUUACCUGUGUUCGAUUUCAACCUGGAGCAGUUCCUAGAAUUGGUAUGGGACGACGAAGCAACCUUAAGAGGGAAAUGGUUCGGCUGUCUCGUAUCCGCACUUGCCUAUCUCCAUGCAAUGCGAAUUCGACACAAAGAUGUGAAGCCCAGUAAUAUAGGGGUCAAGAAUGGAAGUGUUAUAAUGUCUGACUUCAGCAUCGCGACCGAGUUUGAAGAGGAGGGUUCCGACAGCACAGGACGACCAGACGCUUACACUGGUAAAUACGCACCUCCCGAAGUCCUUCAGUAUGACGUUCGGAGCAGGUCCUCUGACAUAUUUUCGCUUGGCUGCAUCUUUUUUGAGAUGUUGACCGCGUUCGGUAAGGAAGUCACAGCCUUUUACAAAAAGGACAACUCAAAGCUGCCUGCGUGGUACGCCAAAGACACAGAAAGACUUCAAGAAACUAUCUUACACUUAAAGAAACUUCCAGUGGAGAUUCAGCCAGUGGCACAGAUAUGCUCAUCUAUGGUCUCACUCAAGAGGCAGGCAAGACCAAGUGCACAGCAGGUUCUUGAUGCGCUAAUGGUGUACAAUCUGGUUGGAAAGUGUGCCUUGUCUUCAUCUUUAGUAGACUUUGACGCUGGGGAUACUGCGUCUGUACAUACAGUUACAUAAAUUACACAAGUCAUAGAGACACAUUUUGUUAGGAGUGUUAAGCGCAUUAUUACAACCCUGCGCAAGAUCCGGGACUGUAGACGGCAAGGCAAACCAAUUUGUCUUGCUCGCCAACAAGAAUGCCCUACCAAAUUGAACAACCCACAAUGUAGAAGUGCCCAUCUAGUGCAGCACAUGUUGAUGAGAAGUCGGCGGCUGUUACGAAUGAGAUGAAGUUAU